AUGUUCUCCUCCACCCGAGCCCUCCGACAGGCUGCCCACCAGAGCCGCACUCCCUUGAUCAAGUUCAUUGGCCCUCGCACUAUUCCCGCCAACAUCGACCACUCUCCUAAGCCUCACCCUGCCUCUCCCACCGGCAAGCUCCCCGAGGGCUUUGCUUCCGCCUCUUCCACCCACAGCUCCUUCAGCUCCUACCGCGAUCACGCUCAGCAGCACGGCCCUCUCCAGAAGUCUAUCCGCAUCUCGGCUGGCGGCAUUGGCGGCACCUCUGGUGCCCAGCUCGGCUCCAUUGAGCCUGCCACCGGCGUCUUCUUCGACAUCUCUGAGCUCCCCGCCCGCUUCCGUCGCGCUCCCAUGGACAUGGCCGAGAUCGAGGCCAUUGAGUCCGGCGGUGCCGCUCUCCUCGGCUAA